AUGGCUGAAUCUAGGCCUAUGGACACUGACGAGCCCGCGGUGGAGGUCGGCAAGGCAAAAAACGCCUUGCUGACAACCCUCGCGGAGUACAUCAGGAGUGAUCCAAUGUUUUGUUCAUUGGUCCACUCCCUGGUGGUUGCCAAUGCCCCCCGUGCGGUGCCUGACUCGCCGGAGUCGCCCGCUUCACCCGCGUCACCCGCGUCCUCUACUGACUCAUCUGAGUCAUCCGCUUCCUCGGACUCGUCGGAGUCGACCGAGUCCUCGGACGGACCUAGUCCGCCCGGGAGCCCGGCCGGCGCCGUCGAUCCCGACCUCACCAUGGAUUCCGAUCCAGGCGCACCCCAGGUUUCCGCUGUCUCCGUCGCUUGCGCGUCCAAGCGACCUGUUUCCCCUGACCCCAGCGAAUCGCGGUCUGGGGCCGCGUCGUCGGACCUCGACGACGACGGCUUCACGACCGUGAGGAACGGGCGCAGGAAGAAGCAGCGUGGCUCAGACGCUCCUGCAUCCCAAGCGCCUUCUGCGCCGUCCGCGCCUUCUGCGCCAAAACAAAAACCCGCGGCCUCCCAGCCCGCGCCCGCUAGCUCGACGGAUUCGUCGCCACCGACCCAACCUAAGGGGCCUAAAAAGCCACCGAAGGUCAAUCUCCAACUUCCCGAAGGGGCCUCCCUUCAGUCCUUUUUGAUGCUCUCACCCGUGGGGGCAUCAAAAUCCCUCCCAACGCCUGGAACAGUGGCCAAAAACUGCUGUCCCUCCAGCCCGGGUCAAUUAGCGACCACCGCGAGUUGA